AUGAAAGUCGCGAGCUGCGGCAUCCACGGUUUUCACGAAACCAUCGGUCUCGACGUUGACCAAAUUCGCGUCUUUUGGACUCUUGAGAGCGAUGAGUAUGCUGUACAGACCGCAUAUCGGGUCGUAGUUUCGACCUCCAAGCGUGAUCUCGCAGACGACGGCUCGAUCAAUCCCAACGCUACCUGCGAUUCCGGCAAGGUCGCGAGCGACGAGCAAAGGAACAUCUUGUGUAAGCCGGACGAUGGCUUUCGGUCCACAUGCAGUUAUUAUUGGAGAGUGACUGUAUGGGAUGAGCAUGACGUCGCGACUCAAUCCGAUGUGCAGACCUUCUUUACUGCAUAUCCUCGGUCGCAGCUACUGCCGCCCUAUUCCAUGAAUCAAAAGUAUAUGCCACAUUCGAGUCUGAUCUUUCGCACGUGGUUCGAAGACAUUGAGAAUAAGUGGAAAGCUGUAUGGAUCGGAGACGGUGGUGAUAAGCCAUUGUAUCUUCGCAAAGGCUUCAACCUGGCUCGUAAGCCCUGCAAAGCCAUCGCACUUGCGUCUGGCCUCGGACAUUUUGAUCUUCAUGUCAACGGGCAGCCUGCUUCUGACCAUGUCAUCGAUCCUGGGUGGUCCAACUACCAUCGCACUGUGCAGUACGUCGGGUAUGACCUGACAGCACACAUUGACGCUGGAGACAACGUCCUCGCGGCACACUUGGGCAACGGCUUCUACGCUGGUAGUGGUACUGAGGAAGAUCGCUUCUUCUGGCCAAUGUACGAAGACAAUACCUACGUUCGUUACGGAAACGAGCUAUGCUUCUUCGCUGAGCUUCACCUGUUCUACGAAGACGGCACACACGACAUCAUGCAUACCGAUCCCUCUUGGAAGGUACGAAAGAGCGCGACAACUCUCGCAAAUAUUUAUGCAUCCGAGACACACGAUAUGCGGCUAUACCCUUCUGGCUGGACAUCUCCUAGUUUCAACGAAGCCGAGUGGGUAUCCGCGAAGCCUCUUACAGGACCUCGUGGACUUCUUCGCUAUCAAAGUCAACCGCCUGUCGUUUUGCACGACAAGCUCGAACCCGUUUCCACGACUACUCCACGUCCUGGUGUCGUCUGCUUCGACCUUGGACAGAACGCCUCCAUCAUGCUUCAUCUCGCUGUAGAAGGCCCAGCCGGAUCUGAGAUCAUAGUACGAUAUUCAGAAACAGCGAACGAGGAUGGCACGGUGUUGAUGCCUGAUCCAUUGUUCAAGGACUUUGAAACAAAAGUCUACUGCAAGAUCUACUUGGCCGGGACCGGGGCUCCAGAGAAUUGGCGACCCGACUUCUCAUUCACUGCUGCUCGUUACAUCCAGAUCGAAGGUGUAUCGACGGAGGAAGGACUGGGACUGCCUGUGGUCAGAUCAAUCCACGGCAGGCACAUCUCGUCUGCUUCUACCCGUGUUGGCUCCAUGAAGACAGACAAAGAAGACGUCAAUGCACUUAUCAAGGCCUCGCAUUGGUCGCUGUCGUCAAACAUCUUCAGCUACCACACGGACUGUCCCCAGAUCGAGAAGUUUGGUUGGCUCGAAGUGACUCACUUGCUAGCUCCUGCGUCGCAAUAUGUCUUCGGUAUGGAAGCUCUGUACACCAAGAUCAUAUACGACAUGAUCGAUGCUCAAGAGCCGAGUGGUCUUGUUCCGACGAUGGCGCCGGAGAUUAGGUAUAUGUGUGGACCUCUGCACGACACUAUCAGCUGGGGUGGGGCACUUUGUCUCUUGCCUGAGCUGCUAGUUAAGUACUAUGGUUCAACUUGGGUGAUACCUCAAGUCUACCCUGCCGCUGUUCGCUACAUGGACUAUAUGAAAUCAAAAGAGCGCCUCGGAGGUUUAAUCGAGCACGGUCUCGGUGAUUGGGGACGCGAUAUCGCAUGGGGCAACCUUCAAGCCAACAUCGAAACAGCAUACUACUACAAAUGCCUCCAAAACACCGAGAUGAUGGCACGCCACCUCGGCCGCACUGAGGAAGCAGAAAAAUAUAAGACCUGGGCCGCUCGUGUCUACGAUGUCUACAACAAAGAACUCCUCAUCACCGACGACGAAUCUCUCCCAUACACCUACUACACCUCCCGCGACAACAUUGGUCAGCGCGACUGUCAAGCUGUAGCUCAAGCUUACGCAUUGCAGUUCAACAUGGUCCCUGCAGAGCACAUCCCCUCAGUCCAACAAGCUUUCCUCGCCUCCGUCUCAGACAACCGCAUUCGCUCCGGCGAACUCGGUCUCAAAUGCAUCUUCGAAACCCUCAUUGACCUCCAACGCCCCGAUAUCGUGCUCGCAAUGGCGAGACAAGAAGAACACCCCAGUUACAUGCGUUUCCUUCGCAAGGGUGAGACCACAUUCCUCGAGUUUUGGCAAGACGAAUGUAGAUCGAAAAGCCAUGAUUUGUUCUGCACUAUUCAUGAGUGGUUUUAUGCUGGGGUGUUGGGGAUCAGACCUGUGGGAGACGCGUAUAGAACAUUUGUGGUCAGACCGCCUCAUGAUUCUGAGUUUAAGGAUGUGGAGGGAUUUGUGGACUGUCCUUAUGGUCGCAUUGCGGUGAAGUUCAGUCAGACUGCUGAAAAAGUGGUGCUGAAUCUCACUGUGCCUGUUGGGACUGAGGCCUCGAUUGCCAUUCCAGAGAACUUCGGGUCUUCGGUCAAGGUGCUCCGAAGUGAUCAGGAGGUGAUGGCAGACCAGUUGGGGCAGACUCUGAAGUUAAAGAACGGUGGCUACUCUAUAGAGUUUCGCUGAAAGUUGAUCUGUAUAUACUUCGCUCUUGUGAGCCUCGAACAUCACUUUGAAUAUCCUACCCCUCAAUGAACCUUGUGGCGCAUCAUGUUACUCGUAUCUCCAAGCGUCUCAGACGGGGGC